CUACUGUCUGUCGCCAUUACUUGAGCACGUUACACCAGGUUUCUCAUUACUAACCUUCUAUUCUAUAAAUAGAUAUCAAUACUCUCCAACCAAAUAAACACACGCCAAAAAUGGCGACUAUGUUUGGAGGAUCUGUUUUGCUAUGCUUCUUCUCACUACUAUUACUCUUUCCAGUUGCAAUAUCACAGAAAUGCAACCCACAAGACAAGAAAGCGUUGCUCCAAAUCAAGAAGGAACUCAACAACCCUACGUCUCUAUCCUCGUGGAACCCUCGCAAAAAUUGUUGUGACUGGGUAUUUAUCCAUUGCGACGUAACAACUUCUCGUGUCAUUUGGCUCGCUAUCCAAUUCUCAAGCCCAGACCAAUUCACCACCCCAUUCCCAAACCCAGAAUUCAUAGGUCAUAUAUCCCCUUCAGUUGGCGACCUCUCUUAUGUCGAAAGACUCGAAUUCAACCAAUUACCCAAUGUCACAGGUCAAAUCCCUUCCACCAUUUCCAAGCUCAAAAACCUCAAGUAUCUUACAAUCUCCGGGACCAGUGUCUCAGGCCCAAUACCUUCUUUUUUGGGCCAAUUUAAAAAUCUCGAGCUUCUUGACCUUUACUCCAACAAACUGACGGGCUCAAUACCGAGUUCACUUUCCCAGCUGACUAACCUCAAACAGUUAUUCUUGCACGAGAACAAGCUUUCUGGACACAUUCCAGCUUCAUUGGGCCAACUAAAUCUUGAGAGGUUAGCCUUGUCCAAGAACAGGCUUGUGGGUGAUGCUUCCGUGCUUUUCGGGAGCAACAAAAGGACAGAGUACAUUGAUCUUUCGAGGAACUUGUUUUCGUUUGAUUUUUCAAAAGUUGAUGUUCCUAAGAAGAGCUCGUUUUUGUUGGAUAUUAAUCAUAAUAAUAUUUAUGGAAAGAUUCCAGUGGGAUGGACCAAAGUGAAAGAGUUACAGAUGUUUAAUGUGAGUUAUAACUUGUUGUGUGGUCAAAUACCACAGGGUGGAAAUUUGCAGACAAAUUUUGAUGUGUUUAAUUAUUAUCACAACAAGUGUUUGUGUGGGUCACCGCUUCCCAAAUGCAAGUGAAGUGAUAAUGGAAGGAGGAGAUUAGUUAAGUUCAACCUGAAUCUCAGUUUUCAAUAACAACUUGAGCUGACAUUCUUCUACUUUUUUCUUUCUUGUGUGUAUUGUACUUUUGUUUAACAUGUGUUUUUAUUUUAUUUUAUUUAUGGGAAAAACCUAUAAAAUAAAAACACAUGUUCUAGUUUACUUUUUUUGUGUUUGAGAUUCCAUUUCCAUUAAAACAAAUGAUUAAUGUUAACGAGUACAUCCGAAUCAUUAUUAAGUUA